GGCGUUCAUGCCAGAAUUGGCAGCUCCAUCGCAAAUCUGGGAGUGUUCCUCUGAGGAAUAUUAUCUUCUCCCUGAGGAAGGCAUCAGAGACGCAGAAAGCUGCCUUUCCUUGGUCCGGAGCUGGAAAAUCCACAGGAGUAGCUGAGUUAUUCAUUCUCUUGCUGCCAACUGAUUUCCCUUUCUGGUUGGUUGCUGUGAAUUUCUCCUCCCCUUAGAGCUGUCAAGAUGGGGAAAACAGCACAGAUUGAAAUAGAAGGCAAUAGGCCACUUAGCCCCUCCUGCGCAGAUGACCCUGCCCGCACGCCUCCCGUGCCCCCCCUGCCUCUCCCUGCCGCAGUUGGAGGCGGGCUCUUGGGAUCCGAUGACGAGGAGCAAGAGGACCCCCGAGAUUACUGCCGAGGUGGGUAUUAUCCAGUAAAGAUUGGGGACCUCUUCAAUGGGCGCUAUCACGUGGUACGGAAACUUGGAUGGGGACACUUUUCAACUGUCUGGCUGUGUUGGGACAUUCAGCGGAAGCGCUUUGUGGCCCUCAAAGUGGUGAAGAGUGCUGUGCAUUACACAGAAACAGCUGUGGAUGAAAUCAAGCUACUGAAAUGUGUGCGAGACUCUGAUCCUAGUGAUACAAAACGGGAGAACAUUGUCCAACUGAUUGAUGAUUUCAAGAUCUCAGGGAUCAAUGGUGUCCAUGUUUGCAUGGUCCUUGAGGUUUUAGGGCACCAACUGUUGAAGUGGAUUAUCAAAUCCAACUACCAAGGGCUUCCUAUACCUUGUGUCAAAAGCAUCUUAUGCCAGGUGCUGCAGGGCCUUGACUACCUCCACACAAAGUGCAAAAUAAUCCAUACAGACAUCAAGCCAGAGAAUAUCCUGCUGUGUGUAGAUGAGAGUUACAUACGACGACUGGCAGCUGAAGCCACUCUCUGGCAGCAGACUGGGGGCCCUCCCCCCUCUGGUUCUGCAGUCAGCUCUGCACCCCAGGAAAGCCUGAAUGGGAAGCUUUCAAAGAACAAGCGGAAGAAGCUGAAGAGGAAGCAGAAACGGCAGAGCCAGCUCCUGGCUGAACGGCUUCGGGACCUUCAGCAGCUGGAGGAUCUGGCAGCUACGAAUGCAGGGACCAGCAAGUCCGCAGUGACCACAGAAGGGCAUUGCAGUUGCCCCAUCUCAGCCUCUGGAGGGGGAGAGCCCUUAGGGGGAUCUCUGGCCUGCAGCCCCCAAAGCCUGACAUCAUCCUCUGGCUUCUACACACACAAUGCCUACGACAGCUGCAAUGGGCAUUCCCCACCAGGAACCGCCAGCCAUCACUUCAGCCCUGACUCUGCCACCUCUGGCUUCUCAGGAUCGCUCUUCUCUGGGUCAGCUUUGUCAGGCAUUUCUAACCAGCGGGAGCGUGGAGGGCUUCUCUCACCCAGCACUUUUGGCACCUCUGAAUUCUUGGUGAACCCAUUGGAACCCCAAAAUGCAGACAAGAUCAGAGUGAAGAUUGCAGAUCUGGGCAAUGCCUGCUGGGUGCAUAAACAUUUCACAGAAGACAUUCAGACUCGCCAGUAUCGGGCUUUGGAGGUCCUGAUUGGUGCCGUCUACAGCACUCCGGCCGAUAUCUGGAGUACAGCAUGUAUGGCUUUUGAGUUGGCAACUGGGGACUAUCUCUUUGAACCUCACUCUGGAGAAGAUUAUACAAGGGAUGAAGAUCAUAUUGCCCACAUUGUUGAAUUACUUGGUGAUAUUCCCCCCCACUUUGCUCUUUCGGGGCGCUACUCGCGUGAGUACUUCAACCGACGAGGAGAACUACGUCACAUAAAGAACCUGAAGCACUGGGGACUGUACGAGGUGCUGGUGGAGAAGUAUGAGUGGCCUCUCGAACAAGCAGCCCAGUUCACAGACUUCCUGUUGCCCAUGAUGGAAUACAUCCCAGAAGAGCGUGCUACAGCUGCCCAGUGCCUCGAGCACCCAUGGCUAAACUCUUAGGGACAAGUCUUGCUCAGACAAACUGGUUGAUGAAGUAUGGGAACUCUGGCCCACAUGGAGUUUCCUGGCUCAUGGUGUAGCCCCCUUUGCUGGAGGGAUGAUGUGGGGAGGAAAAAAUUUUACUUCUCUUAGUUCCAAGGUUGGAGACUCUGGCUGGUCAAACCAGAAUUUGUAUGGCUGGACUGGAAUCCCACACAUCAUUUUAUGGCUACUUCUGAAGCACAAAUGGAAGGUGACCAGGAACCCUUGCCCGCUUUUUUGUUAGCAUAUGCCUUCUUGGUUGACAAUGGCCAUCUUUUCUAGAUGCCAUUGAUUGAUGCUGUUUGACUGUUUUUAACUAAUUCUGAGAUUCCUUGCAGAUUUUUUUCUCCCUUUUAAGGUAUAUGUGUAAGGGUUCCCACCCUUAAACCAAACAAGUGUGGCAGAAAAGUAGUUUGAGACGAAUGGGUAUGUGCAAGGUAGCAAUAGGUGGAUGGUGAGUUGGAUGCGCCUGAGUGUUAGAGCAAGAAACUGGAAACUGACUUCUUAUUCAAAAGUUUUUUUCUGAAGAAAAUACAUCCCUUUCCCUGCCCAAACUUCUAUGCCUCCAGGAAAUGUGGCCUUUUUUGAGCAACAACUGUUACACAAGUGAAUGAAGGUUUGUAGAGUUACAUGAUGUUGAUGCAGAAAUUCAACAGUGGAAGUAUUUAGAGUGGUGAGAAAAAGAACUAUGGAAAAAGAAGAACUAUGUCACUAGCAAGGUGGGAGGAGGAGGAUUCCUAUUCCAGUGGGUUCUCAAUACCUAGAUGUUUUCAGGCAUUUGCUGGGAAGAUUCUCCAGAAUUGUGAUCAGCGGCUGAAUAAAAAGAGAGAUGUAAUAGUAUCCCUCCUCCCAUGAGCAUUUAUGGUUCCUUCUCCAUAUUACUAGGCUACAGCCCCUAAUAUGCAUGCUUUUCACUAAUCGGGCUGAGUAACUACUCACGAUUUGGUAUUUUGAGGAUCUCUCAAAUAAAAAAAAAGUUCUAGCCCUCUUUGCAGUUGGGAAAACAUUUUUGCAAAGGUGUGUAGUAAGAAUUUUUUUUAGCAGCCUGAUUUUUUUUAAUAUGCCUUGUGACAUCCAGUAUUGUUUUUACUUCUACACUGUCUCAUUUCCUUUAGCCCAUUUUUUUAUCCAACUUUUGAGAUAAUGAAGAAUAGCGAAUAAUCCUAAUAUCGUUGGUGUUUGCAGAACGGGGGGGGAAAGCAAGCUAGCUGAAUGUGUGCGGUUAAUGUAUUUUCAUGGUGGAUGUUUGGGGUUGUUCAGAUCGUUGCCACCUUGGGCUGCUAUUACAACUCCUGAUUUUCAACACUUGCUACUUGUGAUUAGCAUUUCUUUUUUCAAAGAAAGAAUGGCUGCUCCCAAAAGCUUGACCCGGAUGAGCAAAAUAUUCAAGCUACUUUGUGCCUUUACAGUGGAGCCUACCUAUUGUCAGUGUUGCACUGAAUAGGGAAGGAAAAGUGAGAGCUGUUUAUAUAUAAGCCUUUCUCCCCCCUCCGCUCCGAAACGCCCUAGGAAAGGAAUGCAAAAGAAACAAAAGACCUGGAGCCAGGUGUAAAGCCAAAGUUCCACGCCCUUCCGUUUCCUAGUGAGACUCUUGGAACCGGGUUGGAAUUAGACCUAUUUCUGUGGAAACUAAAUCCAGCUGUCUGAAUCGGGAGUCAGUGGUGUAAAUCUGGAGCUAGAAGACAUGGUUCUGAUUCUCCUGAACACCCCAGGCUCAACCUGCAGCAGUGAACGGGAGACACCUGGGCGAAAACACUGUUCAUACCAAAGCUGAGCUGCACCAGAACCAAACCCAAUGAGAGCGAGACAACACUGUUUUCUUGCACUGUUAUCCCCCUAAUGAGAAGCCAUGGCCUUGCUUUAGAGGUGGCCCAUGUGUGCCCGUGUUGGGGAAAGUAUGUGUGGAGGUGUUUUGAAUGCUGUGCUGUUACAGGGAUUGAAUUCAAAUUUUUUCAUUAAAAUAUUUGCAAUAA